UGCAAAGUCCUGCUUAAAACGACCUCAGAGUGUGCGUCCCAAAAUAAUUGCAACCAAUAAAAUGUCUGGUGGUGUUUGUUCAUAAGCGAUCAGCCAUUGGCUAAGAACGCAAUCUCCAGAAUUAAUUAUGGCCAACAUGCAGAUAUCCUUGAGCGGAGCACACGGCAGGAGGGCCGGGCUCUAACUACUUGGAGAAGGUGGCUCGCAGUCGGACUCAACAGUCGCGUGGAGAAGGGACAACGUACCAAACCUCAUCCUGUCUCGCGGUGCUUGCGUUCGCGUCAUUCUCUGCGCACCAGAGUUUCACUGUGCGCCCCAAUCGGAGUUGAGCCAUGACAAGUUGUUGUCGCCGGCUACAUACCACAACAGAUGGACAAAACCAGCUACAUCAUGACCUAAGAAGUACAAAACAAUGGAACUUGAUGCAACAGUCGAGGGUAUGGACACAGGGCAGCAGUCUGCUGGGAAACAUGAGCUACGAGCCUCACCUAUGAGCAGUAAGUUCGACCCUUCAACUGCGAAAGUAGUAAGGCCUGCGUGUUUUAUUGAAAACAAAACUAUCGCGAAUAAAACACGCAAAGAAACGUACGUCAGUUCAUUACCAAGUCCACCAUUGUCGAGUAGAAAGAUAGAUAUGACGCCUCAAGAUGAUACACCAGAUCCUUUAGACCAGAAAAAAAUUGAGGGGCUAUCAUUUACAGCUGGGAAGACCGACGUUAGUAAGAGAAGCAAUCAGGCAGACGAACAGCUGGAUUUAACCCAAAGAUGUGAUCAACAAACAACUAGUACUACUACGCGUGAAAUCCUCACAGGACAGGGAGAGAGAAAGAGUAGCGUUGAUAGUGAGCUAUCUGACAGUGACGUAGAGACUUUCACUGGGAAAAUCUUAUAUAAUCCAGAUGGCUCUGCGUACAUAAUCGAAGGAGAAUCGGAGCUGAGUGAUGAAGAAUGCAGUCUGGAUCUACCUCAGCAAGAAGGCAGUAUCGUAGAUGGACAAGGGAUGACAUCUACACAGUAUAGAAUAUUUCCUGAAAUCGUGAAUGCCUUUCACAUCUAUAGAAACUCUACUUUGUAUAGUGCCCUCUAUGGGCAAGCAUUCAACCUCCUUCAAGAAAAGAAAAAAGUUCCUGAAAUUCCUAUUGUGCACAGUUAUAAAGUGUUCAAUGUGCGCCAAAAAAAAUCAAGUGUUCAUAAUAAAGACGAUAGAAAAACUAAUGUUACUGCGCCUAAUAAAAGGUCUAGUAGUGGCGACAAACCUCGAUGUUCUUAUGAAUACUCCUCUGUACCAAUUAAACCCAUUCUUAUGUGUUUUAUGUGUAAGUUGUCUUUUGGUUAUGCCAAAUCAUUUGUUGCUCACGCUGUCGGAGAACACGGUAUCAAUCUUCUUGAAGAAGAAAACAAUCUUUUAUCACAGAAGAAUAUUUCUGCCAUUAUUCAAGGAGUUGGGAAAGAAAAAGAACCACUUCUUUCAUUUUUAGAACCAGCUACCGACACCCCUGUUCAGGUCAAUGAAUGUGUAUUCGCCCAAAGUGUGCAAAGUACUUGUAGUUCUUUUACACACUCUCUGGUGAAUAAUUCUUGUCUUAAUGUUGCUAGUACCGUUAUGGCUAGUUCUGUUCCUUCAGCUGCGGGUACAACAGCUGUAACAUCAACUACAUCGGCUGUCACAACAUUAGUGUCAGCAAAUUUGAAUCCAGUGGCAUCAGUCAGGGAUAUCAAGACAUCACUAAUUGAAAAUCAGAAACACAAUGAGGUUCGGGAAAAUGUUACUGAUUGCACCAGCAGCGAAGCAAUUGCUCCAGAAUUAGAAGACUUGGCUACCAUUGAGAAGUUGGCUAAAGCAGCAGCUGCCGCAGCUGAAGCUACUUCAACGGAAUCAACUGGUGAUUGUAAACAGGCUGAUUUCACUAAUUCGAUGCCAAAAAAUUCUGAAUCUCUAAAUCGGGAAGGACCAAUGAAAUUUCCUGUUUCUUCUGCCCUGGGUAGUGGUAUUUUAUCAAUAGAGAGACCCAAAAGCUGCGAAAGUGGUGGUAGUAUUUACUCCGAAUCUUCUGUAUCUCCGAAAGCUUCAACAUCUCCUGGUCUCUUUUUUUCAAGUAGCCUUUCUCCAGCUCCCUCAACAAGUACGGGAUUUAAUAUCUGUCCACAUCACUUAGACAGGAGAAAUCCUGAAUGUUCCAAGUGUGACACGGUUCUAGGUUCCUCUCCUGCUUUAGGUGGACACAUGGCAAUGAUGCACUCCAGAAACUCUUGCAAAACAUUAAAGUGCCCAAAAUGCAACUGGCAUUAUAAAUACCAAGAAACCUUAGAGAUACACAUGAAGGAAAAGCAUCCAGAGAAUGAGACUUCUUGUGUUUACUGUAUAACCAAUCAGAAACAUCCUAAACUAGCGCGUGGUGAAACAUACAACUGUGGAUACAAACCUUAUAGAUGUGAAAUUUGUAAUUAUUCUACUGUUACAAAAGGCAACUUGAGCAUUCACAUGCAUUCCGACAAACACAUCAACAAUGUUCAAGAACUUCAGAAUGGGAAUCUGCCAACUGAACACAUUCUAGCGCCACAGAAUGUAAGCAACACACAUGUUUCCGAACCUGCGAAAAGUGGGAUACUUUCAACCAAACCAAAGGCUACGUGGCGCUGCGAUGUUUGUAAUUAUGAGACCAAUGUGGCUCGUAAUCUCCGUAUUCAUAUGACAAGUGAAAAGCAUACACACAAUAUGAUGGUUGUACAACAAAAUGUUAAGCACAUGCAACAGCUGUCAGCGUUUCAGCAAGCACAGGUGAUGGAUCCAAUGUUCAGUCAGUUCCACUCAGGUUUUUUGUUUCCUCCAGACUCCCAACUCCAGCCAGAAGCGGCUCUUGCAGACUUGUACUAUAAUCAAGCCCUUUUGGUGAUGGCGAGCCAACAGCAGCAGCAACAGAGGUUAAUGGCGGCCGCGUCUACUUCAGGAAAGAACCCUUUCCAUCCCUCUCCUUUUCACUUUCCAUGUUCAUCAACUGUAGACAUGGAGAAUGCCGAUCCAAUUUUAGGACAAGAUAUUCCUCAAGAUGAUUCUGCUUUAUUCUUCUGCUGUGUGUGUAGUUGUUUCUCUACAGACAGUAUAGAACAUUUAAACCAGCACUUCCAGCUCGAUAGAACACAGGAACGAGAAGAUGAAAUCGCCGUUGUUGCAGGCAAUUAUAUAUGUAAACUGUGCACCUAUAAAACUAAUUUGAAAGCCAAUUUCCAACUCCAUUGCAAGACAGACAAACAUUUCCAACGACUUCAACAUGUCAAUCAUAUAAAGGAAGGAGGACCAAGGAAUGAGUGGAAACUAAAAUACUCAAACACCAGUAAUUCCAUUCAUGUGAGAUGCAAUGUUUGUGAUUACUACACCAACAGCAUACACAAGUUACAGCUCCAUACUACAAACCCAAGGCAUGAGAUCAGUGCUAAAUUGUUUUUGCAUUUGCAGGUGAAUGAAGAUACUGUAGACACUGAGACAACAUUUUAUCAUUGUGCUCUGUGCAACGUUUCAACAAACACUAAAGUCAGACUUGUUCAACAUGUUCAUUCAAUAGAACACUUGCGGACUGAAAACCUCCGUCAGAUGCAGAAGAAACUAGAAGGCCAGGAAACAGAGGAUGACUUUAGAGAGAUCUACACUGUCAAAAAUUGCAGGGGGAGUGACAGAGAGACCAAUAAUUGUCAAUCAGGGCCACAACCAAAAGAAGCAGCAGAAAGCAAAGAUCAUGAAAGUGGAGGUCCAAAUACAAGCGCAAAGGGUGACGGCAAAAAUGAAGAAUCCAGGUUAAAACAAGCCCUUACAGAUUACCACAAGAAUGGAGGAACUCCAGAUGAACAUCAAGAUCACGUGUUCACUUGUCCUUUUUGUAAUUACACUAACACAAGCGAUGUUCUCAUUCAGAUGCAUGUCGUUGCACAACAUUCACAGAAACCAAGCCUACAGUGUCCAUUGUGUCAGGAUAGUUAUCACGAACUAUCCAAAUUGGAAAAACACUUAAUGGAAUCUCAUAAGGUCAGUCGUGAAGGACUGGAAAGGUUGCUGAUGAUUGUGGAUAAGUCUAGUGGAGAGAGUCCUAAAUGCAAUUCUAAAAUGCCAGAAAAAAGGGAAGAGUCUUUACCUGAUUCUAAAACCAACACUACCGAUGAUAGCGAAAACAGAGAAAGUUUUAACAACUGCGACGUCAUUUCAGAUAAUCUUGAAUGUUCUGUUUGUCUGAAGUCAUUUAACAGCGUAGACGAGUUGUUUGUUCAUCAGAAUGAAAGUGGGCACUUAGAAAUAAAACAAACACCACAUGGUGCGGGAUAUAUUUGUUGGAAGAAAGGAUGUAACCAAUUUUUUCGAAUUCCCCAAGCUGUUCAAAUGCAUUUCAAAGAAGUUCACAUAAAGAAACCUCAACUAGCUGUGUCAGAUCGCCAUGUGUAUAAAUAUCGAUGUAGCCAAUGUAGCCUUGCAUUUAAAACGUUAGAAAAACUUCAGUUACAUUCGCAGUACCAUGUAAUUCGUGCAGCUUCACAAUGCGUUUUAUGCGGACGAAGUUUUCGAUCAGUGUGGGCUCUCCAGAAACAUGUGGAAGCAUCUCAUACAAACAUGACUAAAGAAGAAAUUCAACAGUAUGAGGCUAGUCUUGUGAAUAAUCCAUUGUUGACUAGUUCAGGGAAUCGAGUUUUAGAUCCUCAGACAACAGAGUUGUUAAAGAAAGAAAGCAACAGAGAGAGUGAUGAAGAAAGUGAAGAGAUGAAAGUAACUCUCGAGCCUGUAGAAGAAACUGAUACUAUAGAUGUUAAUGAACAAGCUGGGGUUCUUGGUGAACCAAGUUCAAAAGAACAAAUGACUUUCGAAGAUUAUAUGAAUAACCAAGCAAUGGCUGAAAAUAGUUAUAAUGACCCUAGCAGAAAGUAUAAAUGUCAUAGAUGUAAAGUUGCGUUCACAAGACAAAGUUACCUUACUAGUCAUAACAAAACUUUGCUUCACAGGAAAGGAGAGAAAAUGAGCUAUCCUAUGGAAAAAUACCUGGAUCCUAAUAGGCCAUAUAAAUGUGAGGUGUGUAAGGAGUCUUUCACACAGAAAAAUAUUCUUCUCGUGCACUACAACUCUGUGUCUCAUCUACACAAGUUAAAGCAAAGUAUGAAAGAUAAUAGUUCAGUUUCUACCACAACCGCAUUAUCCAACUCGACCACACCUGUUACGGUUGUCAGUAGUAGUAAUAGAUGUUCAAGCCCAAUCAGUAACACGACUGAUUCUGAAAAGAAACCAUAUAAAUGUAACAUAUGUAAGGUUGCUUAUAACCAGAACUCAACCCUAGAUAUACACAUACGAUCUGUUUUACAUCAGACUAAAGCGUCGAAAUUGCAUGAAUUAGCUAUGACAGGACAAGUCGACCUUAACCUUCCCUUAAUCGAGAAGCCGGAACUCAUUCAAGCGCAGGAAUCAAAUCAAAAUAAUCAUGAAGCUGGAAUGUCUGGAAUAACUACCACAAGUGCAGAAUUCGUACCUUCAUUACCUCAGCCAUGCACUUUAGCCGGCUUCGGUCAGAUUCCUUCAACAUCUCUACCUAGUACUGACACAAUCUCAAGUCCUAGUGCCUCCUCACAGCUACCUUUUCAAGUUUCUCACAGUACCCCGUCAGUUACACAAACUCUUAAUUUGGCUUCUCACUUUGCACAAACAUCAAACUUUACCCCAUCACAAGUAUCUUCUCAGUCACCUUAUAUUUGUUCACGUUGUAAUGUACCGUUAUCUUCGCAGGAUGCUUUGUUUCAACAUCAACAAAUCUGUGGAUUUUUCUCCCCACCUACAGCUUCUUUGUUUGGAGGUAUUAAUGGACCAGUAACUUCUGGGUUAAAUUCUUUUGGAUAUUCAGGUUUGGCUCAAUUACCACCUGUUUCUCCAGUUACCCAAUCUCAAGAUGUAAAUGUAAGCAUUUCAAAUAAAAAAGAAUUUAACGUGAUCAAAUCAGACCUUUCUGCUUCUCAAGAACGACAUAAUCCAGCAGAAACACCAAAGUCUAAUGAGCAGGUAACAUCUCAGAUACUCAUGGCAAAGUGUCCUUAUCCUCGCCCAAAACCGCCAAUGUAUAAACACCUACUUGAAAGCUAUGGCUUUGAAAUUGUCAUGCAGUUCAACGAGUUCAAUCAACGCAAGGUGAAGACAGAUACAGAAAAGGAAAUUUCAGAAAACAAGGAAAAUGAAACUACGUCUAAGAGUAUCUUACCUAAUGAAAUAAAACAAAAUAAUUUCGAAGCAAAACAUAAAUACUUGCCUGAAAUCAAUAAGUCGACAUGUAAUCUUUGUCAAAAAGAAUUUUCCAGUAUUUGGGUUCUGAAAGCUCAUAAAGAAGAAUAUCACAGAGAAAUCGUGCCAUUUAGCAUACUGGAAAAAUUUUCACAGGAAUAUAGGAUAGAUUAUGAGAAAAGAAAUGGUAUAAAUAACCAAGUGCAAGCUGACGAAUUAGCGAGUAACUCUGAUACAGCGUCAACACCUAUUUCUACUCCUGAUUACAGCACACAAGGCCAGAGUGUUUUAAAUGGAAUAAAUCAAACUGCCAUGAAUAUUCCAUCAAUGUCUCCUGUGGCACCCCUUGCAACUCAGCAAGUGGUAGAUUCAUCAAACUUUGCUGCAAACCAAAUGGCUGCUCAAAUGCAGUUCAACCACUUACUUAUGAGCAUGGGCUUUGGGAUGAGUAUGCCAGUGGGAAUGGGAAUGCCGAUUCCAAUGAACAUUCACCCGUCUCUCAUUCCAAUGAUGAUGCCUCCUCCUGUUGAAUCGCUAAUGGCCUCUGCUUUUAAUCACCAAAUGAUGGGGGGUGGGUUUGAUCCCAGUAUCGUAAACGCCCAACACAAACUCCUUCAAGAACAACAGCAGCAGUAUUUGCAAGCACAACAAAAACGUGCCAGAACACGAAUUAGCGAUGAUCAACUUAGAAUUCUUAGAGCAUAUUUCGAUAUCAACAGUUCCCCAUCAGAAGAGCAGCUAAAAGAAAUGUCAGUAAAAUCUGGACUCCCUUUAAAAGUAAUCAAGCACUGGUUUCGAAAUACUUUGUUCAAAGAACGUCAGCGCAACAAAGAUUCUCCAUAUAACUUUAAUAAUCCACCAUCUACAUAUCUUAAUAUGGAGGAGUAUGAGAAAACUGGUGAAGCUAAGCCAGUAGUUGCUCAAGAAGUCAAUCAAAGAUUUAGCAACAAUGAUAAAACUAAACACAAUUACUUAAGUGUGGAGGAAGUAAAGCAUGACACGAAAAAACAAGGCCAAGAUAAUGAAUUAAGUGAAUUAAAACUGUCCACUGAUAUAAAACCAAAUUCUGCAGAAUCACUUCCGGAAACUCCAAAGUCGUCAGAGUCAAAUGAAAAGACUUUCGACCCAACUUGGUCUGCUUGUGAAACAUUUCUACAUAACACUCCUUUAAAGACAGUUGAUUCAAGCAUGGAAGCCAGUAAUCUAUCUGAUAGGUGUGAUUCUCAACAUGGAAAUACCAGUUUUAAAGACUUGCUUCAAACAUCCAAAGACAGUGUUACAAAUUCAUCAUUUUCACCAGCCGUUACAUCAAGUCCAACUACGCCAACAUCUCCUGAUGUUCUUACUAUACCUAGAACUGACAACCACAGGCAAACCUCUCCUCAUGGACUUUCGCCUGGUCGUUCCGUAGGAUCUGGAAAACGGGCAAACAGAACACGAUUUACAGAUUACCAAAUUAAAGUACUUCAAGAGUUUUUUGAAACCAAUGCUUAUCCAAAAGAUGAUAGUCUUGAGUAUCUUUCCAAACUAUUGAGCUUAAGCCCAAGAGUCAUAGUAGUAUGGUUUCAAAAUGCUAGACAAAAAGCUAGAAAGGUCUACGAAAAUCAGCCACCUGUUACAUCUGAAGAAGAUGCAGCUGGUAGAUUUCAACGCACACCUGGGCUAAAUUAUCAAUGUAAGAAGUGCUUGCAAGUUUUCCAGCGAUAUUAUGAACUUAUCAAGCAUCAAAAAGGAUCUUGCUUCAAAGACGAAAAUCCUUUGGCAGCUCAAAUAAAUAAAACUACUACUACUGUGACAGAAGACCCUAAUCGUCAUUCAAUGUCCUGUUCGAAUCAAACUCCUUCUUGUGUGCCGGAUCAGAGUAAGGUAAGUCAGAAUGGUUCUUACCGUUGUGACAAGUGUAGUCUUGCUUUUCCAAGAUUUGAUUUAUGGAGGGAACAUCAGCUUGUGCACAUCAUGAACCCAAAUCUCUUUCCAAACUAUUCUACAAGUUCUAGUAUAUUCCAAUUUGAAACUCAACAAACUAUGGUUCCACCAGUGAAACGCAAGCUCCCAGAAGAUGAUGAAGCAAAAGAUACAAAUGAACAACCUAGAGACAAGAGGUUGAGAACCACUAUCCUUCCCGAACAGCUGGAUUAUCUCUAUCAGAAGUAUCAAAUAGAAAGCAAUCCUAGUAGAAAAAUGUUGGAAAACAUAGCUAGGGAGGUUGGUCUGAAAAAAAGAGUUGUACAAGUAUGGUUUCAGAAUACUCGUGCUAGAGAAAGGAAAGGCCAGUUUCGAGCUCACCAACAGGUGAUUCAUAAGAGGUGUCCUUUCUGCAGAGCCUUGUUCAAGGCAAGGUCAGCAUUGGAGUCACAUCUAGCCACUAGACAUGCUGACCAGUACACCAAAGGUGACAUUAAUAUCGACGCCUUACCCGAUGGUGAAACUGACACUGAUGGUGGAAAUAGUGCUGAAGAAGAGUCUAAAGAAAGCAAUUCUGCUUUUCAAGGAUUACCCUUUCCAAACCCUUCUUUUACACCCUAUGGUCUUCCUUCUUCAUCUACGGAUGUCAUGCAUAACUCAAUGAAUAAGUAUUGUGAGGAUGAGUUGAAAAAUUAUUUGGAUGAACUGGGAACUCCAUCAAACUUUGAAACAAUGGACAUUGGAGUUGUUUCCGAAAAGAAAGAACAACUUAAAAAAAUUGAUAUUUUAGAAUCAGGAGACUGCCCUUUAGAUUUAAGUAAACCCCCCAAAUUAAACAUUGAAUCAGAAAGACUGACUGACACUAUUCCGACAAAUCACAGUGACAAGAGUGUCGAAGAGGCUUCAUCUAAAUUAGUAGUUAUUGCUGAGGAUGCAAGGUCAGAAACUUACUCUGAAUCUACCGAUAGAGAAGGAGAAGACAUUACUUUCGAUUUUAAUCAGACUUCCCCUAUUGCUCAAAACCAAAUGACACCUCGACAUGUUACUGGUUCUAAGAAACGAUUUCGAACACAGAUGACGACUUUACAACUGAAAGUCAUGAAAUCAGUUUUUCUUGACUAUAAAACUCCCUCAAUGGCGGAAUGUGAAAUAUUAGGUCAUGAGAUCGGUCUUCCUAAACGGGUCGUACAGGUGUGGUUUCAAAAUGCACGGGCUAAAGAGAAAAAAUAUAAACUUGCUUUUGCCAACACUUAUGGGCAAGAAUUAGAAGCUUUCAAACCUUCAGAGGAAUGUAAAGUCUGUAAUGUCAAGUACAAUCUUAAGUAUUCAAACACGAGUAUUCAGGACCAUAUUUUCUCUAAGCAACACAUUGAAAAAUUGAAGACAGAGGUUGAGAGUGGUAAAAAACAUACCGAUUUACUGGAUAGUACUCACUCAUCUUCAGAUAUCCCAACCUCAGGAAAUGGAUCAUCAGAAACAAACCUGACACAGUCACAACAACAGCGAGAGACAUUAACACCAAGUAAUGUGAAACCAGCUGUUGGGGUUAAUUCUCCUAGCCGACCACUACUACAAACAGCAGCACAAACAAAUUUCGUACAACAUCUCCAGAUGAUGGGAGUUCAACAGGUGUCAGCAUUAGGAAUACCUAAUGUUGGACAGUCAGCACUGACAUCCUUGACAGGAGAACAUCUUCAAUCUUCAGCAAGGACUGGAGAGAUCAUCACUAAAGAGGAAGGACCUGGGUUAUGCAGCUCAUCAUCAACUGGAAAUGUCAACACUAUUGCCCAUACAACUAAGAAUCCAUGCCCUCCUGGUGUAGACGCAACAACUACAGUAAAUCCCAUGCCUUCAACUGCAAACACCAUGUCUACCAGUCAGACAGCAGAUGUUACAUCUCCGUCGAGUGAAGGAGCUGCAGGUUUACUCCCAUUUAUGUACAGCAAUGUUCCGACCAGCUUUUACUCUGGAACACCAAGAAGUGUCAUUUCACCCAACAUGUACAACACAGGAUGUUCUGCCGCCAAGAACUUGUUUUACGACUCCAACAUGUACAGCACACCCCUGUCACUGUUGCAGCUCCCUCCAGCGGUGGUGUUAGAUGUUACUCAGAAGUUGUGUCAACCAGGAAACAGCACAAUUCGUUUCACGCAGGAUGGGAAUAAUAUCGAUACCAUUAAAGGUUCUAUCAAAGAAACUGAUGUCCAGCAACUUGCAGAAGUAGAUAUAGACACUGGAUUCGUAUGUAAGAAAUGUCAAAUGGUCUAUCCAGCUGAAAUAAUAUGUAUCAAUCACCAAAGAGCAUCAUGUUUCGCAGACAGUAAGGGAGAGACCCGAGCCACUUUGAAGCUUGUCCAAACACAUUUCGAAUGUAGGGUAUGCAAAGAACGGUUCUCCACUGUUGUAGAUUUUAAGUUUCAUUGCGAUAUGGAUCGACAUAUGAAAAGAGUUCAAAAGUUACAAAGGGAAUUAGUAUCCACAUGUCAUUCUAAUGAUGAAGGUCUUAUUCUACAAAGUCAGUUACCAGGUUCACAAGUAAUACCAUCUUCCACUAUGUCACAGAGAAAUUUUGGUGCAGCGGCCAUGUUGUCUUCUUCAUCCACCUCAGCAAUGUACCCUACUUUGGCUACGCCAGUGAACACCAGUCAUCUGUCCUCCUGUUCCAUGAUGUCAUCAGCUUCUCAACAAAGCGGGAUAUACCCUUCAAUAGCACCACCUAUGACCUCCCAACCUCAUGCAGGAAACUUAAUAUCUGGAGGGUCAUCAAUGCAUGAAACUAGAAACGGAAUGCCAGAAAUCCCAUCUUCUCUUUUUUUCUCAGGAGUCCAAACGGAUUUUAGACAUGACCUGGAUUCCUCCUUGAACUUUACACUCGGACUUGAUUCAGUGAUGAUGGGUAACGGAAUGGAUAUCUCAGUGUCUGAUCAUUUAUCUAAAAUUGGAAUGUGCUAUUCGGGUGAAUCGAACAUGAACACAGAGGCCAAACGCCUAUAGUUUCCCCUUUUAACGUUUUCUUUUUCACAAAACAGUUGUCAGGCAAUAAACUUUUGGCCGUCGCCCGUAUAUAAUGAAGUAUAUAUAUAUAUAUGUGUACAAUUGGAAAUCAUAUUGGUUAUCUAGAUCUUAGAGAAAAGUGGAGACACUCCUUACAUCUAAUUGCGUAUGUUAUUACAAAAAAAAGAUUCCUAGUAGUAAAUGUAAUUGAGCUAUUAGCUUUUCACAAUUUACAAUACAUAUAUAUAUAUAUAAACAUAUAUAUAUAUAUGUGUGUGUGUGUGUGUGUGAAACAUUGUUUUAACUUUGAGUUCGUUUCUACACUAAAUCGUUUUAUUUCCUAGACAGUAAUGGAAAAAUUGUGAAUGUGAAAUGUAGUGAUAAUGUAUAAUUCGUGUUUUGCACUUUAAACAACAAAUAAUUUCAGCAUCUUGUUUACGUUGUUAAAGGGGAAAACAUAAUAAUGCCAGGAAGAUUAGGAAUAAAGUGAAAGGUUAGGAAAUUUUGAUAUAUUUUAAUGCUGUUCGAAAAAAAACAGCAAAAAUUAUUACAAAUGUUAAUGAAAAAAAAAUGCGAGCAAAUGAAAUGAUGUUUCGACAAUGUUGAAAAAAAAAGUUAUAGGAAACGUUUUUUAAAUCAAAAUCGGAAAUUCGUGUCCUCAAGUUUAAACUAAGAUAUUAACGGAAACUCAAAGGGGGAAGGUACAAAAAUAGAUAAAUAUAUAUAAGUUGAACGCAAACUUAAACAAAUGUGUGUUUAAAGAGAAAUUAAGGGAGUCUUUUAUACUAUAUGUAUAUGUAUAUGAUAGUUGUAAAAGUCUGCACAGGAGUGAGAGCCUCAUGCUUUGAAACCCAUGUUCCUUUCCGAAAAUCGCCUUAGCCUAAGGCGACGCCGGUGUUAAGAAAGUUCCUGCAUUUUUAUGUAAAAAAAGAAAUUAAUCUACAAGAAAUAUUUUACUGUUCAGUCUUUCUUUCAUUUUUCCUAGCGUAAAUUACUUUUGCACGAAAUAUACACGAAUAUAAGUAUAUAUAUACAAAUAUUUGAAUACAGAAUGUGUGAACGAUGUAGUAAUCAUUUGUGUUGAAUACAGAAAAAUAUGUCUAUUAUCGUGAAUUGUUAAUACUUUGUGUAUGUAUACUGUAGAAGAUCAUCUGACGCUGCUUGUAGACACAGGUAAUAUUCUUCUUUUAGGUAUUCAAAGAUGCGAUGUUUAAGUUUUUGUUUCAAAGGAGAGUGCCAGUUUCUAUUUACUUUCACAAAAUCAGAAAGAGAAACAAGGUACUCUAUUAGAAAGGAGCAAUUUGAAGUUAAAAUGGUACUGCUUCCAAUAUUUUGUUGAUCGAUAAUGACAAGAAUUCCGAAAUACAGUCUGUGCUGCAGAUUGAGAGUCUUUGCUCACUGCCACGUUAUUGUGUGUUUUUUAAUGAUGAGUAACUGCUCAGGCUACCGGGAGGGGGCGCUUGCCUAUCAACCUCUCGAGACAAUGCGACAUGAACAAGAUAAAGAAAAUGAAGUUUCGAAUAGAUUGUGCUUGCAUGUACAUACUAAAAUGGAAAGAUCUUUUUAUGAAAUUGUCUUAUAGAGGCCAUAUUUGUGUAUAGUGCCAUGUUGCUGCUUUGUUUAUGCUCCAGUUAUUGUACGAAUGAGAGGUUAUACCUUAACUUGAGAGUAAAACUAUAUAUUUUUUGGCGGAGCUGAAUCUCAAGUUGGUGUAACUUCGAACUCAGUGCGUUUAAUUUUAUACCUUUUUGUGCUCACCUCUAUAAACUAAAUACUUAUUGUGUCGUUUGCUCUUUGAAGAAAGGGCGUACUCGAGUUCCUAUCACACCAAGCCUAUAUAUAUAUAUAUACAUUUGGGACGGGAAGGGUUAUUUAUUAGAAAGAAAAAAAGAAAGAAAUACAAUCAUCUGAAAACAUCUGAAAGAGACUUGUUUUGUUUGUUGUUUUUUUAUGGAAUGGUUAUACUGAUAUCAACUGUUGAUUUGUUUUUCUUUGUUUAUGAUCGAUAAAAGGUCUUAAAAGUAAUUUAAUUUCUUUAAAUAUUUGCGAUCAUUUUAUUUCGGUUUUAAAAAUUAAUCAGUUUCUUAUUGCCUAAGAACAGAAAGCUUUCAAAUUUACAUUACCUGUGGAAUCUGUACGAUUUAAUAUCUUAUCGUUUUUUGAACUAUAUAUAGAAAAUGCACAAGCCAUAAGUAUUAAUCUAGGCUAAACUAUCCACCUCUCUCUAAUAUCAUCAAUUAAUUGAAAAAAUAACAAGUUUUCUUGCGUUUAAAGUUUGUUGUUUGAACUAUUAUGGUUUAACUUUAUCCAGUGAUCAUUGUACUGUGAUAGUUUAUGUGUAACAUUUCAAGAGUUUUGUUGUUGAGUAGAAAGAAUGGUGCAAAGACAGAAGAGAAGAUCAAAUAUUGAUGGUGCUUGCACGAGAAGUCUGUUGGAAGCGGGCUUUGUUCGUUUUGAAGGAUAUUUUUUGUUGAAAAGACGAAAGCUGAAAUGUUUUACAGCUCUGUUCGUCCGUUUGUUAUGCUUAUUUACAUGUGUUUUUGUAUGUUAUCGUAAUCUUUCUAUUAGUACAAAAAAAAUCAUUAACUGUGGCUGCCGUCCCGUCUCUAAACUGUCAGUGUAGUUUUUAGUAUAUUUCUUAUCUAAAUUUCCCGGGAUUUCUCAGAUACCUGAUGGCUUCCUCGCAUUGGUGUAUUUUGGCGGGAAUCUUGUGCACGGCAGCCUCGCGACAAGCCAUUUUCAUGUUUUAUACUUACAUCUGUUCCUAUUUUAUCAGUUGAAAAUGUACAAACAUUCUGAGUAUAAAAAAAAAAAGAGUAAAUGUGAAGACUAAUUGUCAAAUGGUUAUUAUUAUUAUUAUUAAAAGUAUGUGUGAUUGGAUUAAUAUUUCAUAGCUGUGCUAAACAAACAAACAAAAAACACGCUUUGCAAAAAGAACAAAAUAGAAAAUUGAAGUUUAUAAGGAAACGUUUAAGAGAUAAAAGCAAAUUUCAUUUGAUACUGUUCGAAAGUAUACUACUCAUUUCUUACAUUUAAAAUAAGCUUAUUGAUUUUGUAUUGUUUAUAAAUAAUUAUUGCUUUAUUACGAUUAUUUUUCGACAGAUCGAUAGAUGAUAUUGGUGCAAUAAUCAAAGCUGGGUCGAUGCGUGAAAACCUAUAUAGAAUAUUCAUAUUGAUCUUUGAUAGUUUCUAUUUCAGUAAAUUCAACAUUGAUAACAUAGAAAGAAGGCAGUUUUGUAUGAUCAGAAAGAAAUCAAACAAGAUGUAUGUAAUUCAUGUUUGUCCAAAGUAGGUAAUUAACAUAUGUAACAAUUAUCUACACGUCAUGAAAAUGUAGAAAUUAUUCAUUUAUUUCAGCUUAUGUUUUAACUUACUAAAGGUCAGCGUGUCUUGAAACAUUUCAAAGGGAUCAACUGUUUACCUCAGGAAUGAUUUUCAUCGUCCUUAUACUAAAAGACAAAAUCAAAGAAACCUAGCGGUUGAUAAAAGACCUUGAUAUGGGCAAUGGGGUGCCUGUCGCUGGUCCACUGAGGGGACGUUUCCCAAAGCACAAUUUUGACUCGGGGUGAAUAACGGUUUUAAGUUACAUGCCGAGGAGAGGAAGAUUUUUCUAGGUUGGCCGAGGUCUUUGAAUUUAGACAUCUUUUUUCCUCUACCUCAUAUUGUAUUCGAAGUUCCUAUAUACAUGUAAUUAUACAUUAAAAUAUAUUAUACUCUCAUGCCCAAUGAGGGAUUGAUUGGAGAGUUUCUGUGUUUCCCAUAAGACACCUGACCUGUCUCUAUAAAAUGUGCAUUUGUAUUCUCCUGUGUGUGGAUCGAAUAUUUUUUUUCUAGUUAAACUGCAUGUUCGUCGCGGCUUUUACUAUUUUUUUUUUGGCAGUAAGUUGUUGUAGCAUGUUUAAGUGUGACAUUAUCAAAUGUUCCUAUACUACGGGUGCAAGUGAUUUGAGAAUCGUAGAUUCUAGCUCGAUCAGCAUUUUUCCAUCCUCAUAAAGUUUGAAGUUCCUCCAAGCGACGUCAGAUGACGUCACUUGGCAUGAAAGCAAGCCUAAUAUAGCAAUCUUACGAUUGGGCAUGUUGUUGACUAAAAUAAAAGUAACGUUUUAGUCGAAUUUUUUAGAUCUCCUAAUAUUAUACUAGAAAGUCAUGAUAGGUAUGGACUUGUAUUUCAACUGUUAAUUACCUAAGGGUUAAAGAGUAGAAAAAUUUACUGUCUUCUGUUUCAUUGCUCUUCUAUGUUUGGUUUCUAGUUGUAGAUAUGGUCUGAUAUAUAUAAAUAUUUUGGUAUAAUGGGUAAAGGUCUAGGUUUCUAUUUUAUGGCUUAUGUAGUCUGCUUUAAGCUACAAUAAACUGUCUGAUGUGAGU